AUGGAAUCGUCGUCGUCGGGAACAACUUCAUCAACGAUUCAAACGUCGUCGGGAUCGGAGGAGAAUCUCAUGGAACAGAGGAAAAGGAAGAGGAUGCUCUCAAACCGUGAAUCAGCGAGGAGAUCGAGGAUGAAGAAACAGAAGCUCCUCGACGAUCUAACGGCUCAGGUUAAUCACCUUAAAAAGGAGAACAGCGAGAUCGUGACAAGUGUCAGCAUCACGACGCAGCACUACCUCACCGUCGAAGCAGAGAACUCUGUUCUCAGAGCUCAGCUCGACGAACUCAGCCACAGGCUCGAAUCGCUCAACGACAUCAUCGGUUUCCUCGACAAUACCAACGGGAUCUGUUCGAACCCUCUGUCUGGUCCCGAGCCUGAUGAUUUCCUCGUGAAUCAGAUGAAUAUGAACAUGUUUUAUAUGAACCAGCCUCUCAUGGCGUCUUCUGAUGCGUUACUGUAUUAG